ACCAUUAAUACAGCAAUCUGUCGGGGAGCCGUGGAGAAGUGGCUUCUCCAGGUACAAGACGUCAUGCUGCUUUCCGUUCACGACGUUAUUGCGGCAUCUCGAGAGGCCUACGAUUCUGAUCGUCGCGAUCAGUGGGUGUUGGAGUGGCCUGGUCAAGUUGUCUUGUGUGUGUCACAAAUAUUUUGGACCUUGGAGGUGGCUGAGUCCCUGGACUUCGGCACAGAGGGUCUUGCUGUCUACAAGACCCGCUUGGACGAGCAGAUUGCGGCCAUUGUUAGGUUGGUGCGUGGCAAACUUAGCGCCGAAGAGCGUAUCACUCUGGGAGCCUUGGUCGUCAUUGAUGUUCACGCGAGAGAUGUUGUUGCAGACAUGGUAUCCAAGGAGGUCAACGAUGAGAAUGAUUUCAAUUGGCUAUCUCAACUUCGCUAUUACUGGGAAGAGGAUAAUGUCUUGGUCCGACUGACGAAUGCCACUGUGCGUUACGCCUACGAGUAUCUGGGCAAUACACCACGUCUUGUAAUCACACCGCUGACAGACAGAUGCUACCGUACGCUGAUUGGAGCAUAUCACUUACACUUGAAUGGCGCGCCCGAAGGACCAGCCGGAACCGGAAAGACAGAGACAACGAAAGAUCUUGCGAAGGCGCUUGCUGUUCAAUGCGUUGUCUUCAACUGUUCCGACGGUCUGGAUUAUAUCGCUAUGGGAAAGUUUUUCAAGGGCCUGGCAUCGUCCGGCGCUUGGGCCUGCUUCGAUGAGUUUAACAGAAUCGAGUUGGAGGUCUUGUCGGUCAUCGCACAGCAGGCAAGUAUAAAUCUGAUGCUAAUGGCUGUGCAGGCCCACCUUGAAACGUUCGAAUUCGAGGGAACUAUGCUCUCACUUAACCCCAACUGCUAUGUCUGCAUCACCAUGAAUCCAGGGUAUGCUGGCCGAUCAGAGUUGCCGGAUAAUUUGAAGGUCCUUUUCCGACCGGUUGCCAUGAUGGUGCCCGAUUACGCAAUGAUCGGUGAAAUCUCACUCUACUCCUUCGGUUUCAUGGACGCCCGAAAUUUGGCCGUGAAAAUCGUCACCACCUACCGUCUGUGUUCGGAACAGUUGUCCUCACAGUCCCAUUACGAUUACGGUAUGCGAGCCGUGAAGGCCGUGUUGCAAGCAGCAGGCAACUUGAAACUCAAGUUCCCUGAGGAGGAUGAGAACAUUUUGCUCCUGCGUUCAAUCAUGGACGUCAACAUGCCCAAGUUCUUGUCUCAUGAUAUCCCCCUCUUCAGGGGUAUCAUUUCGGACCUUUUCCCUGGUGUUGUUCUUCCAAAGGCUGAUUAUACCAUUUUCCUAAACGAGGUCACUGAGGUCUGUAAGGCUACUGGACUGCAAGACGUGGAUGUCUUCACUGAGAAGAUCAUUCAGACCUACGAAAUGAUGAUUGUGAGACACGGAUUUAUGCUUGUCGGCAUGCCCUUGGGAGGGAAAACAAAAGUUCUCCAUACCCUGGCGCAAACUAUGACCAAUCUGGCUGCGAAGGGCAACGCUGAAUAUCCGAAGGUGCUUUACCGGACAAUCAACCCCAAAUCCAUCACCAUGGGACAGCUUUUUGGUCAGUUUGACCCAGUUUCUCACGAGUGGACGGACGGGGUUACGGCCAACACCUUUCGCGAAUACGCCUCAAUGGAGUCCUCUGAUCGAAGUUGGGUUAUCUUCGACGGGCCAGUUGACACCCUGUGGAUUGAGAGCAUGAACACUGUGCUGGAUGAUAACAAGAAGCUCUGUCUCAUGUCGGGUGAGAUCAUUCAAAUGUCCAAAACGAUGAGCCUCAUCUUCGAGACAAUGGAUCUGCUGCAGGCGUCAGUGAGUUCCGGGAUAUUUGCUGCCGUUUUUAUUUAG